AUGAAAGCUUCAACCCAAGUUGCGAAUAUUAUUUGGAAAGGUAUUUGGAAUAUAGCUUAUGUAUCAUGUUGUAUUAGAGAGUGGGCGAAAGAUUUUAUUGUUCAAGGUUUUUUGUCUAGUUAUCAGCAAAGAAAAUAUGCAAAAAGAUUAUCAUUAUUUAGUGAUGAGGAUAUUAGUUUAGUAGCUCGUACUUGGUUACGUUCUGUUUCUCUAAAAGAUUGUUCAUCUUUAACAUUAAAAAAGGAAUUAGAGACAACAAUUUUUUCUAAGUUUCUUGGUAUUCCAGUUAUCAUUUCUAAAACAACUGUGCGAAAGUUUAUACACUUGUUGGGUUUUCGUAGAAGAGCCGUAGAACAGCAAGUCUACUUUGACGGGCAUAAAAGAGAGGAUAUACAGGAAUAUCGUAAAAGUUGGGCAUCUAAAAUAAUAAACUAUCGCAAAAAAAUAGAGGAGUAUAGUGGAGAUGAGAUAGAAAUUGUUGUUUUACCAGAACGGCUUGAAAUUUGUGAUACUCAUCAUAUUAUAGUUACUUAUGAUGAAGUUUAUUUUUAUGCAAAUAAUGAUAUGAUAUAUGUUUGGCUUGAAGAUAGCAGUAAUAGGGAUAAUUACUGGAAAAGUGAAAAUAUAGUUCGGCAACUCCGUAAAAAAGCUAUCCCAAUUUUCAAUCUUCUUUACCCCAGAUGCAUAGACAUG